CGGCGGUGCCGGGGCCCCGCGGCCGCGUUCCUCGGGGCCGACGGGAGGCGGCGCGGCACCGAGCCGCAAAGUUUGUCGAGUUCGCCCCGCGCCCGGGGCCGCUUCCUGCCGCCGGGGGCCGGCCAGGGAUGCAACAAGACGCGGCGGAGCAGAGCGGCUUCCCCUGGCAGGACGCGCUCGGCGAUGCCAGCCUCCGCCUCCCGUUCCGCUGCCCGCGCUGUGGCGAGCGCGGCCGGUUCCGGAGCCUGUCGGCGCUGAGGGCGCACCUGGAGUACGGCCACGGAUACGAAGAGCGGAGCGCCCCGCCCGAAGGCGGCCCGCCGUCCCCGCGGAAGGGCGCGGGCCCGGCCUCGCCUCCGGAGCCCUGCGGCGCGGGCGGCGCCACGCGGUACGCGCCCCGCGCCGGCCUCUGCGACGCCUCGAGCGGCGGCGCCGAGGGCCGGCGGGCGCUGGAGGCCGAGCGGGGCCCGGUCUGCUGCCUGGCCGGCUAUGCGCCCGCCCGCUCGCCCGGCUCGCGGCUCCCCUCGCCCGUCCUGCCCGCCGCCGACUCCAAGGCGUCGUUCGAGGCGCACGUCAGGGAGAAGUUCAACAGGAUGGUGGAGGCCGUGGACAAAACGAUCGAGAAGCGGAUCGACAACCUUACCAAAGAGCUGGCCCAGAAAACGGCGGAGCUGCUGGAGGUGCGGGCGGCCUUCGUGCAGCUCUCCCAGAAGAAGCAGGAGGUGCAGCGGCGGGAGCGCGCCCUGAGCCGGCAGGUGGAUGUGGCGGUGGAGAUGAUCGCGGCCUUGAAGCAGCGGCUCACCGAGUCCGAGGAGGAGCUGCACCGCAAGGAGGAAGAAGUUGUUACUUUCAACCACUUCCUCGAAGAAGCAGCAGAAAAAGAAGUGAGGGGAAAAGCCAGACUCCAGCACUUCAUCGAGAACCUGUUGCAGCGUGUGGAUCUGGCAGAAAGGCAGCUAGAGUAUUACCAAAAUCAGCAGAUUGCGUGCAACCACAUGGGUGGCAGUGACCACAUGUUUACAGACAUUUCAUUAAAUAAGAAACCCAGAUGCCUGAGCCGAGGAAGUCAGCACACUUCAUAUAACAUCCCUGACACAAAGCCUCAUUCCUUUCAAAAAGGAAGAGGCUUGCUGAAAAAAUCAAAAGAAGAGAAAACCAGCUUGCAGCCAGUCAGAUGCUUCUACGAACCUGUUGAUUGCCCAAGAGAAAUAUGGAGAGCACAAAAGAAGGGUGAAGCACUCUGCUCUGCCCGGAAAUUGAGUGCAAAGUCCAAGAUGGGUAAAAAGACCAAGCAGCUGUAGGAGCAGCUAAAGAUACACAGUAACAGGAGCUUGGCUUCGGCAGAACAGAUACUGAAUGAAGUUAAUCAUCCCACUUUUUCCUAUCCGUCUGGCCACACCAAACAUAUCAAAUAAAAUAUAAGGGAAUAUGUACAAUAUGGCAUAUUUAUAUUAUUUAGUAACGCCAUUUCUUCUUUGGGCACUAAAAGAGAAGGGACAUUUUAUUCAGUUUACAUGGAGGGUUUUCUAUCUAUUUAUUUAUUUAUAGAGCUUAUUUUAAAUGACUGCAGUUAUCUUGCGGGGCAAUACUGUGGCUGUAUGUUUAAUUAUUUUAGUGCCAGCAUGUGGCUUGGUAAUUUAUUUUCCAUCUAUGCUGUUGCUGAAGUUCAGAAGAAUCCAUUUAAUCGGCACCCAAAUAAUCACUCUUCCAGCUUAGAUGGGUAUAAGAUCAAUGAUUAACUGCUACCUUUGCAGGCAUACUUAGAUGCAGAAAGCUUACCUGAGUUGCUUGGAGGCUAUUAACAGCAGCAGAUUGCUACCCUGCCUGUUGGGCGCUUCUGUAGACCUGGCAGUGCAGCCCUCAUCCGCAUGGUGCGCGCUGAGUCCGGGCGGCAGCUGGCAGCAAGCAGCAGCAGCUGGAGGGCAGCGAGUGGCAGACCAGAGCAGCACACUGCAUUGCAUGGCACCCUGUGUGAGGCUGCGCCUGGUGUGAAGCAUGAGAGGGCUGGAGCAGCUGUGAUCAUAACUGAAACCCUUCAGAUUUUAAUCUCCAUGAAGAAUCCUUCCAAGGAUAAUAGAUUCUGGAAUUUCAACUGCAAACCCGAGAGCGAGGAAGACUGCAGGAUGGGAAUACCUGAGUUUACAGUGGUUUGUGCCAAUUAAAAGGAUCCUUGUUUAUCAGAGUAUAUAUCAAGAUGAUUUUUCCAUGUGUACAGUUUUUUGGUAACAUGAAUCCUCAUACCAUGUCUGCAGAAAGGAACAUCCUGUCCAUGUUACCAAUGGGAUUUGUUUUCUCAAGAAAAAGAAUAGGUGGGACAGGUCUGUGUAAUUUAUUUUUAAGUGCUCAUAUAACAGAUGUAAAUUGUUUUUGUGGAAGGUGAUUUUUACAGUAUGUGUCUAGAGAUUUGUGAAAAAUGUUUUUCAUUUUUAUAACUGACUGUAAGCAGAAAUGAGUUUUAAAAGACAGCGUGUCGCUAUGAUUACUGCUGCAAUAAGCACCUGAGCUGCAAUAUUUUUAGAGCAGAUGACCAAUCUGUUAGCUCAGAUCAGGUAACUACAGAUGUCAUACAUCUGUCAGUGCACAGAGCUCCCAGAAAGUAGCAGAGUGAAGAAAGAGUAUUAUUCCUCACUUCUAUUUUAAAUGCUGUUUGUGGAACAAUCCGAUAUAUGUUUAAAGAUUCUCAACAUCGUUUUGAUAGAAAGUCACAGUGUGAAACAAAUUCAGGUAUUUUGUUUGCAAAAUUUGUUCGACAUUUUAAUAUUUAACUCUGUCACAAGGCCACACUUGGCCUCAUGCUAACCAUUGUGGUGGAAAGGAUUUGUCAGUUGUGUUGCAUGGGUUUUGGUCAGGUCAUGCGUAAUGAGAACAUUCUUAGGCAAACCACAUCAUAGAAACUACUUUUCAUUUCUUCUGCUCCCACUUUCUACGGACAUGAAAAGAACCAUUUUUUAAGGAUAAUGAUCUUUAGAAAGCAAACAUGUUAUUCCAUUCCUUAAUUCACUUGACACUGAAAGUAUUAUUUUUACAUGCCUAUCUACUCUGUUUGUCACCAAAGUUAAGUGCAACUACUAGUUCACUAAUGAGAUAUUUAUUUUAUUAUUUAUUGCGCCAAAAUCUUGACUGUAAGUUGUCCUUUUUUGGGGGAAAGAGAAAAAAGAGAGUAAAAGAAGUUGCAUGUUCUUAAACUUUUCAAAUCCUAAUUUAUAGUUACUUGCUGAACAGAUGCUGGGUUAGUUAAUUGGAGAGAAAUUGGAUUGCACUGUAACCCCAGGUAAAAGUUUUUAGAAUAUAACCAUUCUAAUAAUAAAGUUA